UCACUGGGUGUACCGCAGCACUGAGCCAGUCUUUGCUAAUAUUGGCUCAAGUGAAGAGCUCCGCCUCUCUGUUUACAUGACGUCAGCGGACACGGCUUCCGGUGUCUGCAUCAUGAUGAAGGUGAUCCAACACACUGCAAAGACACUCCACACAGCUUUGGUCUCUAAUUCUAAGGAUUUAGCCAAAAUUUACAGUAAAUACACAAAGGAAGAAAGGUCUUUUCUGGAGGAAGGAUUCCACUCAGGGCAGCCGGGUUCCCUUUUCCAACCCAUCGCUGUACAUUCUGACUCAGACUGGAUCCUUGCUCAUCCUGAGGAGCCUCAAGAUUUUGAGAGUUUCUACAGAGACCCUCAUCGAAGGACGCCUGAUGCAAGCCACAAUACUAUUUAUAUUCAAACAAUAGGUUCGUUUGGAGAAGUGGGGGCUCUGACAGACCAGUAUGUGGGGUGGCUCAGAGAUUACUGCCAGGCCUUCUUCUACAGGCUUUCCGUCAAGUUGCUGCCAGCAGUCACUGUGUCUGAAACAGGAUGCUCUUUCAGGGUUAACAGCAACUCACACAACCUUCAGAUCCUCACUGGUGACCUGCUACACUUUCUGGAAAACAAGAAACCAAAAGAUGCGUUUUGUAUUGUUGGAAUCACAAUGAUUGACCUCUACCCCAAAGACUCGUGGAACUUUGUUUUUGGACAGGCUUCUCUCAGUAUGGGAAUGGGAGUUUUCAGCUUUGCCAGAUAUGAUGACAACUUCUACACCAGAGGUUAUGCUGGCAGGCUGAAGGAACAGAUCCAGCCAAGGCGGGGGGACUAUUCUGUGUUUAAGGGGUAUUACACUCCACCCAUCACCAGCACUCUGCUGCUUCGAUCCUGCCAGACCAUGACCCAUGAGAUUGGUCAUAUAUUUGGAAUCUGGCACUGCCAGUGGUUGAGCUGCGUCAUGCAGGGCUCCAAUCACCUUGAGGAGUGUGAUCGCAGGCCUUUGGAUUUCUGUCCCAUCUGCCUUCGCAAAGUACAAGUCUCAGUCGGCUUCAAAAUAGCCGAAAGAUACAAGGCCUUAUUGCAAUGGAUGGAGGAAGAUCAGAGCCAAGCAUCAGGACCACAGACGGCCUCCCAUCCUGCAACACACUUUCCCAAACCCACUGAAGCCUUUCACACAUACAAGCAGUGGCUCCACAGGUGUUUGAACAGACUGGAAACUUGAGAAAAGAUGAGUAUAGAUGAGAAUAGUACAAGAUCAUGCUCGCUGAUGUGGCUGGGGGUCAUGAGUUCAUGUAUCACAUGUCAAAGUAAUCCUGAUCCGUAGUGUUUGCCCUUUAAUCUGAAUAAUGGAACAGAUGCGGAUAUCAAAAAUUACAUGAAGCUCAUAAUCAGAAAUGUACCUCAUAAAUUUCAUUUUCUGUUGCCAUUUGAUUUGCUGAGCAGAAUCUUGUUUAAAAGCAACUACUGGAUCUACUCAUUGUAUUUGGUUUGAUAGGUAUCGGCUAUCUGCAGUAAAAACAAUUAUUAUAUUGAAUUGUAUUGAUUAAAACAUGGUGACAUGACACUGUGGGAAUCUGUGUUUCCCCACUAAGUAAAGAAUGGUUUAAGUUUUAAUUCUAAAUAUGCAUAAUAGAUAAUAUUGUGGGGUCCUAACCACAAUAUUUACCCUCGUUAGGUAAACUCAUAAUGUUUAUUUUCUACUUCUCUACUUUUAAAAGAGUAAUUUAUCUAUUGGCUUUGUUGCUGUUUCUGAGAUUAUGAUUUGACAAAUCCAUGAGCACUGACUGGCUCUAAAAAUAAACUGUUAAGAAAAAGAAGUUACACUUAAUUCAAUAUUUAAUUGUUGCUUUAUUGUGAUUCAACAUGUUUUCAUUACAAAAAUAGUUUGAGUUCUGACAUCCCAUAUUGCAUACUAGUGCACUGUCAACUUGAAAACAGUUUGAUUAAAAAUGAACACUUUUAA